UCCCCUCCUCUCCUCUCCUCUAGGCCGCCCGGCUCAGUAAGGCAGGAGAAGGAAGAUGGCGGCGUGGGCGGCGGGCAGGAUCCUCAGGGCCUCGGUGGCCCGCCAGGUCCGCGCCUCUCCCCGGGCCGUCGACGCCCCGCGGGCGGGCGCCGCUUCCGCGGAAAGGAAGUGCCCGGCCAACCCGGUGCCCGCCGGGCCCGCGCUCAACCGACUGCCGUUCAGCACCAGCUCGUCCAACUACGUUCCCGCAGUCACCCAGCACGCCCCCUAUUUCAAAGGUACGGCCGUGGUCAAUGGAGAGUUCAAAGAGCUGACCCUCGAUGAUUUUAAGGGGAAGUAUCUGGUACUUUUCUUCUACCCUUUGGAUUUUACUUUCGUGUGCCCGACAGAAAUCAUUGCUUUCAGUGACAAAGCUAAUGAAUUUCACGAUGUGAACUGUGAAGUUGUUGCCGUUUCGGUAGAUUCUCACUUUUGUCAUCUUGCCUGGAUCAAUACGCCGAGAAAGAGUGGUGGUUUAGGCCACAUGAAUAUUGCAGUUAUGUCAGAUUUAACGAAGCAAAUUUCCCGAGACUAUGGGGUGCUGUUAGAAGGACCUGGUCUGGCUCUAAGGGGACUGUUCAUAAUCGAUCCUAACGGCGUCAUCAAGCAUCUGAGUAUCAAUGACCUCCCUGUGGGCCGAAGCGUCGAAGAGACGCUUCGUCUAGUGAAGGCGUUCCAGUACGUGGAGACGCACGGAGAGGUCUGCCCGGCAAACUGGACCCCAGACUCUCCUACGAUCAAGCCAAGUCCAGAAGCGUCUAAAGAGUACUUUGAGAAAGUGAACCAGUAAAUUAUCCAGUAUCAAAAAUGAAGAGCCUGAAGUUUCUCAACCUCAUUUUGGAAUCUGCCUUAUUAUCCAAGAAGAUUUAUUUGUACAAGUGCGAAACGAAAGUUAACGCUGGGAUCCCAGAACUUUAGAAAUCACUGAAUGCCGAAAUAGGCGAGAACCAUUUUAAUGACUGUCGCUCUGUGUCUGUGAUGUUGGGAGGAGGUCGUCGAUCUUGACUUCCGGGUAUAAAGUGCAGAGUCCAUUUUUAAAAUAUCUCCCCUUUUUACCCCCUAUAACGUCCUUAUAAGGCGGGGAGCACACCCGAAGCGCGUUGCUCUUGUUCAAGAAAGGUGGUCAGCGGGAAACAGAUUGGCAUGAGUGAAAUAGGUGCAUAACAGCAUUUCCUUUUUUUCUUCUAGGAUUUCUGUUGCAACUGAUUGAAACUUGUUUCUUUUGGAAAAUGGGUUCGUGAACCAUGGUAGCGAUUUAGGGUUAAUUGAAUCCCGUGACGUAAAAGCAAGUCAAUCUGAAAUAUGCGGGCUCAGAAACAAUUACGAUAAUCAUGUGCUUUCCUGAGAAGUUUUAUUUUACGAAUGUAGUUUUAUCUCUAAAUAUCGCGUAGUCGAACGUAAUAGCGGCAUAUGCUUAAUGAGAACGAACGGGACUUAUCGUGAAUGUAUCUCCCUUAGAUUUACUGUGUAUAGCAUAUGAUCGGAAAUAAACAUGAAUUAAAAAAAAAAAACCCAA